AUGGCUUAUUCUAAGAUUGCUAUUCUCCUCAUCUUCAAUGUCAUCUUCUUCACUUUGGUCAGCUCCACUUACGUUCCUUGCCCACCACCACCGUACAAGAAGCCCUCACCGUCGUCUCCUUACCCCACUUGUAAAAACGCUUUAAAACUUAAGGUAUGUGCUAAUGUCUUGGAUUUGGUUAAGAUUUCUCUACCAUCAUCCUCCAAAUGUUGCAGCCUUAUCAACGGUUUAGUUGAUCUUGAGGCUGCGGUCUGUCUUUGCACUGCCCUAAAGGCUAACCUCCUCGGAAUCAAGCUAAAUGUUCCCAUUUCGUUGAGUGCUAUCCUAAACCAUUGUGGCAAGAAGGUUCCAUCUGGUUACAAAUGUGCCUAG